CUGCCAACGCAACUUCCCCAAGCUGUCUUAUUUUCCAACAACCAACACAAAAUCUCCAAAAUUGUUCAAAGACGACUGAGUGAUCCCAAUUUCACGAGCUGUUUUGAACUACUCAGAAUGGCCUCGAGGUUGAAUAAAAUCAGACGACCUUGAGCUGUCAGCGGGCGGUCGUUGCAACGAUUAAAUCAACUCGUCAGAUCUUCGACGAAUCAGUCUUUCCAUUUUCAACAUACACGCCGCCCAUCCUGUUAAAUCAGUCAGGUUCUCGCUCAAAAUGGGACAGGACCACUCUGUAGAAGCGAGGCCACCUCCAACUCAUGAAGAGGUUGUCCGGCACCUUGCCGGCAAAUUCGCCGAUAAAUGCUACACGCCAUUGGAGAUCUACUCGCUCAAGGAUAACUUCAAGAGCCUGGCCGACACGGUCCAGGAUGUGAAGUACCUCAAGGAGGACACCGUUGCCCGGUUCCUCGAGAUCCCCGACGCGCUUCGCGUCACUCCUGUGCUGUUCCAGUCCGUGUCAUUUCUGGCUGCAUUUCCCUUCUUGCGUGACGCCCCCGCCGUACUAGGGCUAGAGCAGCUCGUCAUCGCCAUUACCAUCCUGACGGGCCGCUGGAAGCGCGUGCUCAAGAGCCCUGCAGACAGGACCAAGUUGCUGUUCAAGAGCUUAGCUGUCUAUGAUCGGAAGUUGUCUUGUGCGACGCUGACGCCCGUUGCGAGCCCCAUGGCAGCCGAGGCCAAGGGUGCAUCGGCAGGCUUCGCGGUGGACGAGGCGGGUGACGAUGACGAGGCCGAGGACGACGGGGAUGAUGAUCUCGUCUUGGCAGCGUUCGAGUCACUGGACUGUGUGGAUGCAUUCCGUCACGGAGACGCGCCACCCAAGAUUCAGGGGGCCAUGAUCCCCGCUGAUAAUUUUGUGCGGCUGAUCAUGCUGCUUCUGCUGGUGGCGCCGCUCGAUCCACAGGAGAGGCUGUCGCAGUACUCGGACCGGCUCGUCGGCACGGAGCUCGAGGACUUGCACGCCACGGCUCAGUGCGUGGUCCAGGCAUUCUUGGACGUCGAAGAGGUUCCCGGGCUGACCUGGUCUCGGUUUCGCAAGAUCUUACCGGUGUGCUGUCCGUUCAUGUUUGACGCCGGGUUCAACGCCCUUUUUAGUCACUUCCUCUUCUCGAAGAAUAUUGACUUCAAUAAGCGCAAACCAACCGGCUCAGAAGAGGACAGAGGGGAGCAGCCCAAGUUGCCACAGAAGGCCACUCCGUCGCAGUCGACGCUCCCACAGCCGUUGCUGCCCCAGGCCGGCUCCAUCCUCAAUGCAAACAUUCUCUCGCAACUUUCCUUCUUCAUCCCGGGAGACUCGCUCUUCCGCUGCCUGCGGCUGCUGUACUCUGGCGACGAGGACGGAUUCUCCAUGGGCAGCUUUGAGAGCAAGGUCUUCAACUGGCGGGCCCCGACACUGCUUCUCGUCCGCGGGCGGAGGCUGGACGACCACCCAGACGGCACCCGCGAGUCUGCUUUUGCCGCCUCGAUCCCGCCGCGCAGGUUCCCUAACGGCGGCGGUGGCGGCACCACCGAGAACAGUGACGAGAUCAUUACCUUUGGCGCCUUCAUUGCGCAGCCAUGGCGCCACACACACCGGGAGUGUUUUGGUGACGACAGCAGCGUUCUGUUCCAGCUCGGGCCGGUGCACGACGUGUUCCGCGCCAGCACCAUGAACCGGGACUACGCUGGCUUCGUCAAGCCGACCGGCAGCGGCAGCAGCAAUCACCACGGCGGUAUCAUGUUCGGCUGCCCGGCGCCGUCACCGUCCAAGGCGUCGUCGGCGACCGGCGCGCUGGUGGCUCUCGGCAGCGUGUCGCUGUUCCUGGACUCGAGCUUCGAGUUUGGCGUAUUCACGCACGACCACACAUCGCGCGGCGGGGCCUACGCCGGCAGCACGUCGCGGCCCCGCAACUUCCAAGAGCGCUUCGCCGUGAACUGCCUCGAAGUCUGGGGCUGCGGCGGCGACGAGGAGUCGAAGAGGCAGGCGGAGCGCUGGGCCUGGGAGGCGAGGGAGGCCGAAGCCCGGAGGAAGAUCAACCUCGGUACGGGAGACCUCGAGGCAGACCGGGCGCUGCUAGAAAUGGCUGGCUUGGUUGGGCAGAAUAGGAGCGGUGGCAGUAUGAUUUGAUCUGGGCCUUUGUAGACUACUGUAUGGCCUUAUUUGGGCUUUUCUUAUCCGAGGUGUUUACCGAGGUGUAAUCUGUACGCUAAGCUUGUGUGCACUUUUCAGUACAACCGAAAAAGAUUUGGUAGUCGAUGGUGUAUACCAGAGUCUUUCUUCGAAAUGAGGAAGUAUCAUUCUGGGUCUGAUUUGCGGAGCCUGUUGCCCUCUACAGGUUCUGGGAUAUAUGGUACAAGCAUACAAACCCCUUUGGUCCUUUCGCUAUCACAACACACAGAGGUAUAGGCAAACUUUCCCCCCAAUUCUAUGUAGCUCGUGAAGUUCACUCGAUACGUCUUUGUGCCCAAAGUGGGAAUACCAAUGACCUAGACCUCCAGUCUCAUCAAUGGCUCCUAUCUCCGCGGCCCUUUUUAGCCACCUCUGAGGCACUUUUGACAGUUAUAUGCUGAUCUGAUCCUACACAAUCAGCCCAACACCUACUUCUACAUGUACACACACG